ACAGAGAUCCUUUAUUUGGGCGCGCGAAGCAGUCAUGGAUGGAUUUGACUCUGAAACUUAUGUUAUAACUGGUCCUUUGCGGAAUUUUUCCAUUAGGUAUCAAAUAGAAUAAUUUUCUAAAUCAGGGUUAAAUUGUUCUGUCGGCGGAGUAAGGCAGAGGAGCAGUAUCUAGAAGAAGAGUAUGUGUUUCAUUGGCAGGAAAAGAUUUUCAGUCCAAAAGAAAAGGCUCUUUAUAGGGACCGGAAAAAUUGUACGACUGAAACGCAACUACUUUACAACAAGGAAAUAAGCAAUAUGAAGUGAGUCCGAAUUAUUCUAAAAAUAUACGAAGAGGUUCAGGAUUCCCAACAAAAAGAUUAUUUACUUAUGUCCAUAAGGACGAAAUAUCAGUAGAAAGAGGCAUAUUCGUGGAUGGCAUUGGAACUAUCUCAUAUCCUGAGAAACGAAGAUCUAACAUCCAGUUAAAACUAGACAAUCUAUCGAAGUAAGUAUUAAUUAAUCAGUGUCGAAACCUGAAGUCCUAUGCCAACAAAUGAAAUGUUGUUGGAGUUUCCUCCUGACUAUUAUAGAUACGUUAGUCAUCUACCUACUAGAAUAACCCAAGAGAUGUAUAUAAUGGCCGAUUUAAGUAGUGAUAUUCCAAAUGAUGCUGCAGACUUAUCGCCUCUUUAUAUGGGCAAUGAAGAAAUCCUCUGCAAGAUAACUAUUGAUUCUAAUGGACUUUUACGUUGCAAACCUGAUUUUACUCGCGGGUCUGUUAAGUACAGAAUAAAAAGCAAACAAAAAGGUUUAAUCUGCUACUGGCAAAUGUAUACUCUUAGGGUCAUAUUAUUUUACGUUGGAAAAUAUUUCACUUCAAAUGUCUGAUCUGGACAAACAGAAAAUAAGAAACAUGGAUAAAGAGAUAACACUUCGAAAAUAUUCUCACUUAUGUGCCUCCAUCGGCAAACAUUUUGAAAUGCCAAAUGAACAAAGUUACAGGCUUUUUAUCGCUGGAGAGAUAAGUAAGUUAUCUUUUAAUAGUUAUUUUAGUGGGUGCGACUAACUUUGAAAACCCUGGAUUGUAUGUACAAUAUUAUCUUGAAUUACCACAAAGUGAAUUCGUACUUAAUAGAACCAUAUUAUUUCAGACUGGAAAGCGUAUGAUCAUAAGCUAUUAUGUGGAAGUUCCCAGAUAGCCUCUAUCAAAAAUUAUGGAAACGAAGAAAUAAUUAUGUUUUCGCAUCCGAUCGAAUUUGACCUAACAUAUAAACCUGAAAUAAGUAUCGACUUAACGAAAGGACCAGUUUCAAUAUGGCCUACACUGUAUUUUGAAGUCCAGUCGCUUGACUUUUGGACUCGGAGUCGAACUGAAGGGUAUGGAUUCACAGAACUUCCGCGCAUUGCUGGUGCUCACUCAAUUGUUGUGAGUUGUUGGCGCCCAGUAGGAGAUUCUGUUGUAGAGGAACUAAGAAGAUUUUUUAUAGGUGGAACAUGCCAACUAGAGGACCCCACAUUUGCCAAAAUACCUGGAUCAUUUGAAAGCAAUAACUUAGCGAAAUAUGGAUUUCGUACAAAAAACACGGGAAAACUAUUUCUGAAUCUAAAUUGUGCAAUCCAAAGCUGGUCCAAUCUAUACAGGACCAUGAGCAGAUGUCCAACAACGGGUGAUGAGAAGCAAAGAAGGAUAGCACUUGCACACAUGGAUGUUUCAACGAUAAUAAAAGCAUACCAAAAAGCUCGUUCAAAAUUACUGGAAACCAGGAAAGUUAUAGAAGGUUUGGGGAAAGUCAAUUUUUAAUAUUACUUGAAGAAACAAUAAUAAUUAUGCAUUACCUCCACGA